AUGUCCACCAAAAAUUUGUGGAUUGCUGCAGGAGACGGUGACCUCAAUCGCGUCAGACAUCUCAUUGAACAAGAAUCCCUUUCUCCAAAUGCGCCCGAUGAAUUCACGUAUACCCCCAUGCAUGCUGCGGCCUCAUACGGUCAUCUCCAUGUUUUAGAGUAUUUAAUCUCAAAAGGUGGCGACGUGAAUGUAGAAGACAAUGACAACGACACUCCCAUUUACACCGUCGAAAACGUUGAGACUGCACGUUUCCUCGUGGACCAUGGGGCUAUCCUAGAACGCCGCAAUUCGGAGGGUUUAUCCCCGAUAGAACAUUUACAAGAAGAAUUCAGCGAAGUUGCCAAUUAUCUUCGCUCCCUUGUCUCUCCUUCAUCCGAUCCACUUCCAAUCGUUCAUCAGCCCUCACAACGCGAGCAGGAUGUUGUGUCAGAAGAGCUUACUUCUGCUCUCAUGGCCUCUGUCGCAGAGAUUAUGAGAAAGGCAGAGGAAGAGGGCCGUGAUCCAGACGAUGAAUUACGACGUUUAGUGGGGGAAACGGUGUUAGAAAGUGUUUCGACAGGCUAUGAUAUGUCUGAGACGGUGGAGGAGGACCGACGGGACAGAGUAGACGAAACUCCAACAAAAAAGGCAAAAAUGGAUGAUGUUUGA